AUGGCGGCGUCCUCCUCUUCCGUCGCCGAGGUGGCCGCGGCUGCGGCUGCAGCGGCGGCGAUGGAGUCUGCUUUGCCGCAGCAGCAGCAGGAGGAGGAGGCGCGGCCGCGGCCGAUGCUCGCGGGGGGCGCCAAGAGCCGCCACCACGCCUACAGCCGCAAGGAGAAGUCGCUCGGCCUCCUCUGCUCCAACUUCGUGGUUCUGUACAACCGAGACGACGUGGAGUCCAUCGGGCUGGACGAAGCGGCCAAGAGCCUCGGCGUGGAGAGGCGCCGGAUCUACGACAUUGUCAACGUGCUCGAGAGCGUCGGGAUUCUUGUGAGGAAGGCCAAGAAUCGCUACACCUGGAUAGGUUUCGACGGUGUCCCAAUGGCUUUGCGAGAGCUCAAGGAGAGGGCGUUAAGAGAGAAGUCUGGUCUGGCUCCUCUGCAAACUGAGCAGCAAUCUGCUUCCACUGUGUCUGACGACGAAGAUGAUGAUAAGCUGGGCAAUCCAGAUGGUGAUAUCGAAAAUGAGAAACUGAGUCAGACUGUGGACAAUCCUUCUGACAAACCUGGUGCACCCCGUUGCCGGCUUAGAUCUGAUCAUAGGAAAGAGAAAUCGCUUGGGUUGCUCACACAGAAUUUCGUGAAGCUCUUCCUCACCAUGGAGGUCGAUACGGUCUCACUUGACGAAGCUGCUAAGCUGCUCCUUGGAGAAGGCCACGAGGAGACCAACAUGAGAACUAAAGUUCGGAGGUUAUAUGACAUUGCCAAUGUGCUGUCUUCAUUGAAUCUGAUUGAGAAGAUACAGCAAGGGGACUCGAGAAAGCCUGCAUUCCGAUGGUUGGGUAGGGCAGCGAGACCAAAUGCAGAAAAUGCUGUCACAGUUGCUGUACCCCCACCAGGGAAGACUGUAUCUAACAAAAGAGCAUUUGGGACUGAUAUAACUAACAUUGGCGUGCAUAGAAGCAAUCAAGAUUCGAGUAUACAGAAGAAAGCGAAACUGGCACAGAGUGGUGGUGACAUCUUGAAGAACUGCAAAUCAGUUGUGCAGAGUCGGCUUGGACAGGGUAAAAAGAGUGGUUUUGUUUAUGGUCCUUUCCACCCUGCUGGUGCAAGGAAACAUGAACUUGAUGGUGGUAAUAAACCUGGGCAAAGGGAGAGGGCUGAAGACUGGGAGAGCCUUUCUGACUCAUUUCGACCACAGUACCAGAACCAAGCACUCGGUGAUCUUUUUGCCCAUUACGUCGAAGCGUGGAAGACAUGGUAUUCUGAAUUUGCUCAAGGCAGCAACAUCAUGCAACAACACUUCGGCCAGUCUGCUGUUAACCAUUUUUUGUAGGAAAGUUAUAGGCUCAAGCACUGUAGUUGUUAGUGCACGCUUGAGAAUUUGACCUGUACAAUCUGUUAAAAGGUGGAGAAAACAAAGACAUGACUUGGUAGCUUGGCCUAAGGUUCAUUGUAUUUACUCAAUGCAGGAUGUCUUUAGGCCAUUUCAGGCAGAAAACGAGAUUGAAACACAUCAUUACUACCUCA